AUGCCGCCCGUUCUGCGUCCACGGUCACUGGAUGGCUCGAACAAACCCAACGUCGACCCUCUUGGGAUCGGCUACAUAGUCGUUGCCAUAACAUACACGUUUGUGCUACUCACAGAGCUAUACUUGCUUCACCGAUACCGCCAGGCGUUUUGCGUGCGGCUAAGGAAUAUCCAAGUCGUCUUCGCCGCAGUACUGAUGCUUCACAUCUAUCUCGUCCUGGUCCUGCUUGUUUACCCGUGGAAUGGCCUCUUCCCGUGUGCUGCAGAAUUCUGGAUAAUGUCUGUGUUUCUUCCCUCAGGAAUGGCUUUCUUCCAAGCUUGCAACGCCAAGGUACUCACUGCCUAUGAGAGUCAGCGGCGAAUGACGCGCAAUUUCUUGGAAGGUGCGCGCAAGAAGCGCAUCUCAUAUACCCCUCGAGGCCUGAUUCAAGCAUGGUUCGAUCUCGAUGCAGCAAGGAAAGUCUACCUUGGUACCCUGGUUGGACUGACGCUCUCGUUCUUCCCUGCCAUCCUGCUGUUCUUCGGUUCGCGCCGUUUUCAUGCGGGCUAUGGCUUCUUUGGAGAGCCGGCCGACUUCCACAAGUGCCGAAGAGGAUUUGAAUGGAUCCCCUCCAUCUUUGUGCAACUGUUCUGGACUAUGCUUGUCGGUCCAUGGAUUCUCUGGAAGAUCCGCGAUAUCAAGGACGUCCAUUCAUGGGCCUGGCAAACGAGACUUGCCAUUAUUGCUGGCCUCCCAGGAACACCGCUUUGGAUUGCCUUUACCUACUCAAACUGGACAGGAGUCGAAGUUAUCAACAAGUUUUUUGCACCAGCUGGAUGGUUCAUCCCAUCAUUGGUGGUUUGUCAGCAAGUCUUGCUUCUCAUCCCUCUCCGUGGUGCAAUCAGGACGCGACCACAACGACGAUCAUCGAUAUCUUCGACCGAGUCACUUACAUCGACCAUUUCCAACGACUCGUCCAUUGAGCACAACGAAAAGGAAAUCAUCGGCAUCUGCAGCAAAGAGAUGAGGUCCAAGGGUUCUAUGCAAGCCCUUGAAUUCACCAUUGAUCAAAACAUCGAACCCCUCAUCGCAUGGGCUGCAGCACGUGAGUUCACCGCCGAGAACUGCAUCUUCCUCCGCGAAGUCCGCAACUUCAAGAAGAAGUGGGGCUGCCUGAAGGUCGUCACUACUGCGCAAAGACGCCAAAUGUUCACAGAGGCGUCGCUCAUCUUCUAUGCCCUCAUCAACCCAUUCACGGCCGAGUCACCGAUCAACAUUGAGUACAGGAUCUUCAAGAACUUGCAAACAACGUUUCAGGACGUGGAGUUUGACCCUUACAUGCCACGCAGUCAGACUCCCGAGAGCUCAUCCAACGCUGCUAGGGAGGUCGUGUGCCCGUGGGAGGACACUCUAAGCCGACCAGCCAGUAUGGAGAGCAACACCACUACAUCAUCAACAGCGAGCACAAGGAGCAUUGUACCGAGCGACUUCACCGAGAAUGUGUUCGACCCCGCCUUCUCGAGCAUCAAAUACCUCGUCUUCACCAACACCUGGCCGCGGUACGUGGAGCUCGCCGGCAAGCUCCCGCCGCUAUAA